AUGUCUGUACGCAGACCGUCGCGCACCCAAUCCCUGCGCUUCCUCUCCUCCCUUUCUUUCCUCCUCUUCUGUCUCGUCGCUUUCCUUGCGCUCUCACCCGUAGCCAACGCUGAAGAAUCCCAUCCUGAAUAUGGCACUGUCAUUGGUAUUGACUUAGGAACAACUUAUUCUUGUGUUGGUGUCCAACGAGGAGGCCGUGUCGAAAUCAUCGCCAACGACCAAGGAAACCGGAUAACUCCUUCAUGGGUCAGCUUCACGGAAGAGGAGCGUCUUGUCGGUGAUGCCGCCAAGAACGCCUACCACACUAACCCGGCCAACACUGUUUUCGAUGCCAAGCGUCUCAUUGGUCGCAAGAUUGAGGAGAAAGAAGUCAAGGCCGACAUGAAGCACUGGCCGUUCAAGGUCCAGGACAAGAACGGCAAACCCGUCAUCAACAUCUCCUACAAAGGCGGCGACCGUGAAUUCACGCCUGAGGAAGUCAGCGCCAUGGUUCUAGGCAAGAUGAAGGAGACCGCUGAGGCCUACCUCGGCGAGAAGGUCACCCACGCCGUCGUCACCGUUCCUGCCUACUUCAACGACGCUCAGCGUCAGGCCACCAAAGAUGCUGGCACUAUUGCCGGUCUCACUAUCCUCCGUAUCAUCAACGAGCCUACCGCUGCCGCCAUCGCCUACGGUCUUAACAAGAAGGGUGGCGAGUCACAAAUCAUUGUCUACGAUCUCGGUGGAGGAACUUUCGAUGUCUCGCUUCUUUCUAUCGACGACGGCGUUUUCGAGGUGCUGGCUACCGCUGGUGACACUCACCUUGGUGGUGAAGAUUUCGACAACCGUGUUAUGGACUACCUUAUCAAGUCGUACAAGAAGAAGACCGGUACCGACGUCUCGAAGAACCAGCGCGCUCUUGGAAAGCUGAAGCGUGAAGUCGAGAAGGCCAAGCGUACUCUCUCCAGCCAACAAAGCACUCGUAUUGAAAUCGAGAGCUUCGAGGAUGGCAACGAUUUCACCGAAACCCUCACUCGCGCCAAGUUCGAAGAACUCAACAUGGAUCUCUUCCGCAACACGCUCAAGCCCGUCGAGCAAGUCCUCAAGGACGCUGGUGUCAAGAAGGAGGACGUAGACGAGAUCGUCCUUGUCGGUGGUUCUACCCGUAUCCCCAAGGUUCAACAGCUCCUCAAGGAGUUCUUCGGCGGCAAAGAGCCCUCGAAGGGAAUCAACCCCGACGAAGCUGUUGCUUAUGGCGCGGCUGUCCAGGGUGGUAUUCUUUCUGGUGCUGAGGGCACUGCGGACGUCGUUCUUGUUGAUGUUUGCCCUCUUACCCUCGGUAUCGAAACCACUGGUGGUGUUUUCACCAAGCUCAUCGCUCGUAACACUGUCAUCCCCACUCGCAAGAGCCAAAUCUUCUCGACCGCCGCUGACAACCAACCCACUGUCUUGAUCCAAGUCUUCGAGGGUGAACGUCCCUUGACCAAAGACAACAACCUUCUCGGUAAAUUCGAGCUUUCCGGCAUCCCUCCUGCGCCUCGUGGCGUUCCUCAAAUCGAAGUUACCUUCGAGAUCGACGCCAACGGUAUCAUGAAGGUUGGUGCCGCGGAUAAGGGAACUGGCAAGUCAGAGAGCAUUACCAUCACCAACGAAAAGGGUCGUCUCAGCCAAGAGGAAAUUGAUCGUAUGGUUGCCGAAGCCGAGAAGUUCGCUUCAGAGGAUGAGGCUGCCCGCAAGCGUAUCGAGGCGAUGAACUCGCUCUCGUCAUUUGUCUACGGUCUCAAGUCCCAACUCGGUGACCAGGAAGGUCUCGGUGGCAAACUCAGCGAGGACGACAAGAAGACCGUUCUCAACGCGGUCAAGGAGACAACGGACUGGCUUGACGAGAACGGCGCGACCGCUGAUGUUGAAGACCUAGAGGCCAAACUCUCUGAAAUUCAAUCCAUCGUCAGCCCCAUCACGAGCAAGCUCUAUGGAGCGGGUGGUGCCGGUCCGUCUGGCACCGCUGAUGACGAGCCAUUCGGUCACGAUCACGACGAGUUGUAG